AUGUUGAGAAAGAAGAGUCAAAGUAAAGGAAAUACCCAAAAAUUAUAAGUAGAAGUGGAUAUUAUGGUUUGAUUGUUUUUUUAUUAGCCUAGGAAUAACGUAUUGUUGGACUUAAAUAAAUAUUACAAUCUCAAAAAGAGAGUGCUAAAGAAAAAAUGUCAACAAGCUAAGGAUCUACGAGAUGGUCAGCAGCUUCCACUAAUGUUCCUCUUAGAAGUAUGUUAAUAAUAUUUAAUAAUAGAUUAUGGAAAGCAUGUUUUAGAAAAACAUAGGGAAGUUGCAAAGACAUUCCAACAGAAAAAUAAAUUAAGCAAAGUACCAUCCAGACCAUCAUCUCGUUCUAGUUCAUUUUCUAAAUAGAGCAAACAAUCAGAAACUUAAUCAUAAUAGAAUCAAAGCUAUUUGACUUAGAGUCUGAAUUUUGCAGGAAAGAAUUCAGCUAAUGAAAAUUUGAAACGAGCACUUCAAGUCUAAUAAUGUAAAUCUUACAAACUUAGAUUAGUUAGAAUACUCUAAUGAAGUUGUCAAAUUCCUCAAUUCCAUUAAUCUUGAUAAACAUGCAGGAGUAAUACUUGAAAAUGGAUUUGAUGAAAUGGAGCUUCUAAAAGAAAUAUCAGUUGAUCAUUUAAAAGACAUGAAUAUACCUCCUAUGGAUGCAAGGAAGUUAUUGAAUAGAGUGCAAAAAUUAGUGGAAACAGAGGAAAGAAAGCUUCUUCAAUCUUAAAAAUAAGCUUAACGUUUAAAAGAAUCCUAAAGUCAUAUAUAAGAGAUUGCUAAUUCAGAAAUCUAUGAUGAAGAAGAACAACAUAGAUUAUUUUAGGAGGCAGUUAUGGAAUAUAGAUAAUCAUAAUAAUAAUAAUAGAAAGAAUAGAAAGAAUAAGCAAUAUAACAUACAGAGGAAAUUUUAAUUGAAGAUGAAUCAUUAGGAUACAUAUCAAGUAGAUAAAAUAAAAAAGAAGAAUAGUAAAGAAAUAAGAUGAAAUUUCUCUUAUCAGGAGCAAAUGAAUGGAAAAUGUUUGAUAUUGAUUAUGAAUAAAAAUAAGGGACUGAUUAAUAACCUGUAAUAAUUGAUAAAACAUCUUGCUAUUAAUGUUAUAGAUUGUUUGAUUAGAAAUUUGGAAUAUGCAAUAAUGGCAAAGAAUUUUGCACAAAAGAAUGUCUUGAAUCAUUUAAACUAUAAAAUCUAGUAAUAAAAUUAUAGUUAAUUUUAGUAUCUCUGUAGGUCUCAGUCAUGUGCUAAACAAAUUGAUAUUGAUUAAGCAUAUUAUGAAAUUGGUUAAUGGUUUUGUAAUUAAGACUGUUUUAAAUAAUAUCAAUGGGAAAGUGUCAAUAUCAGAGGAAGAACCCAUAUUAGUUUAUGA